UGAGUUCAGCCCCAUUCGGCUGGAGACUCGGGUUUAUCUGGAACCUGAGGAGGCCACUCUGUGCGCCGUGUGGUAAAGGAAGGCUGCGUUGCGGACGCUGGGGGGGAGUGAGAGAGGACCUGGAACCGGGGAUUUGACCUUUUCUGCAAAAACUCUGGUUUGUGAGGGCGAGCGAAGGAGCCAUGGCGGUGUUCUCUGCGCUUUGGGUGCUCUUACUGUGCCAGCUUUUGACAUCAUCCUCAGCCCAGAGGCCAGGCCCCAGAGGAGCUUCUGGGACACCAGGACCCUUAGGUGCACCGGGAAAGGAUGGCACUGAUGGCAAACCUGGACCUGCUGGGCUGCCAGGGAAAUCUGGUCCUAAAGGGAAACCAGGGAUACCAGGGACAGCAGGAAAACCAGGCCUGCCAGGACUUCCAGGAGUGGACGGUUUGACAGGUCCUGAUGGUCCUGCUGGGAAAGAUGGACCCCCAGGGGAAUCAGGUGACCCUGGACCUCCUGGGCCACCUGGACCUCCUGGCAGAGGGAGACCAGGAGCUGCAGGACUACCUGGAACCAAUGGGUUGCCAGGCGGAGUCGGACCCCAGGGUCCAGCGGGUUUGGAGGGUCUUCCAGGACUUCCUGGACCUUCUGGCCCUGAUGGACCACCAGGACUUCCCGGUACUCUUCAUGAUCUUAGCGGUGACCUUCUGUGUCCCGCCAUCUGCCCCCCUGGUCCCUCUGGUGCUUCUGGGAUGCCAGGAUUCAAGGGUCACACAGGCCAUAAAGGAGACAAGGGAGAGCUUGGCAAAAAUGGAGAGAAGGGUGACAGUGGUCUACCUGGCCCACCAGGUAUUCCUGGGACUGUGGGUCUGCAGGGCCCGCGUGGUCUCAGAGGUUUACAAGGCCCAAUGGGAGCUGUAGGAGACAGAGGCCUGCCUGGUUUCAGAGGCAAACCUGGCAUCGCCGGCAUCAUUGGAAAGACAGGUGACGCCGGAGAAAAGGGACCACAGGGUUUCAGAGGACCCAAAGGAGAAAUUGGUAAAAUUGGUCCCAAAGGAGGUCCUGGAGGAGCCGGACCCAAAGGGGAGCCUGGUAUUCCUGGCAGAGAUGGCAAAGAUGGUACACCAGGGUUAGAUGGCGAGAAGGGUGAUGCUGGACGCCAUGGGGUAGUUGGAGAGAAAGGACCAAAUGGACUCCCUGGUCUACAAGGAAAGGCUGGUGCAAAGGGGUCCAAAGGAGGAGUUGGUGAUCCCGGGAAGGCUGGGGAGACAGGACCUUCUGGAGAGCCAGGUAUUCCUGGUGACAUCGGCAUCCCAGGAGAGAGGGGGAUAGCAGGACCCAGAGGAGUGGCAGGAGGUAUUGGACCAGUGGGCAACCCUGGGCCUCAGGGAGUGAAAGGCUUCCAGGGGGUAAACGGAGCCUUGGGGGAUCCAGGUCUUCCAGGUCCAACAGGAAUCCGUGGAGAGUUUGGUGAAAGGGGUCCAGUUGGAGCAUCUGGAGCUAAAGGAGACAUGGGUGUGGCAGGAAGUGAUGGUUUACCAGGAGAGAAUGGCGAACCUGGUCCUUUUGGCCCAGUUGGACAAAAAGGAGAGGCUGGAAAGCGGGGUGAACUGGGACCUAAGGGUGUGACAGGCCCACAAGGAGAGCUUGGGGCUAGAGGGCCUCCAGGAAAACAAGGAAUUAUGGGCUUCCAAGGGGAGCAGGGUCUGCCUGGAAUUGCAGGAAAGACCGGUGUACCCGGUAAACUGGCGAGUGAGCAGCACAUCAGAGAGCUGUGUGGCUCAAUGAUCGAUGACCAGAUUGCACAGCUGGCGGCUAACCUUCGAAGACCCCUGGCCCCUGGAAUGGUGGGCCGCCCCGGCCCUGCAGGGCUUCCAGGAAAGCCUGGAGUUGUUGGCUCUAUUGGGCAUCCAGGUUCCCGUGGACCACCAGGGUACAGAGGCCUGCCAGGAGAACUCGGAGACCCAGGUCCCAGAGGUGAUGUUGGUGAGCAAGGUGAUAAGGGAUCUAUUGGCAAAGCCAUCGACGGGCCCACUGGAGACCAAGGAUACCAAGGUCUUCCAGGGGUACCUGGAAUUGUUAAAGAUGGCCGUGAUGGAUCUCCAGGAGAUCCAGGUGAGCCUGGAGAGCCAGGCAGGGUAGGUAGGACUGGGCACCAGGGAACUCCUGGAAUCUGUGAUACAUCAGCCUGCCAGGGAGCAUCGGUCGCUGGAAAAUCCUCCAACCCCAAAAACCAUUAAACAUGACUUCCUGUAACCUGAUGCCAUCCACCCCAAUGUGGAAGGGUGAUAAGUGAGGGAAGGAAGGAAUGAAAGAAGAAAGUGAUCACAAAAAAAAUGUCCUCUUUAUUUAAAUACAUGUAUCACAAGAUGGCAAGAGUAACAUCAAACAGAUGUGAUAUUUUGAGAGGAAUAGAGGAACAUCCCAGGAGUGACAUGAAUACCAGAGCAACUGAAAGACAAAAACAUCAAGAUGACGUUCAGAAAUAAAGUGGACAGAGGCACGGAAGAGUCCAAGAGAACAACUGCAUUGCUCCAAAUACUACAGUAUAACUAGACUUGACUUGCAAACAACUGGAAAAUGAUUGAUGAGUCCUUUUGUGUAUAAAACUUUGUACAUGUUGUUUCCAUGCCACCGUUACCUUGGUUAACAUCCUUCUGACAGAUGACACUAAAAACAACAGUGAUUGACUGAAGUGAAUGUGCAUGUAUCAUGGCCCAUCAACAGGUGUCACAGGUGUUACCUCAACAUACAAGCUUACAGUGUAAAAUAUGGAAAUAGGUGACAGAGUUAAAAAGCCUCUGUCAAGGAGCUGUGUAUGUAUUAUAAAAGGAAUAAAAAACACAAAUACCCAGGUGCCUUAAAAUGUGUAGAUUAAUGCAUUUUUUUUUUUUUUUUUUUUUUUUUUACAGCAUCUUUGUUUUUUUUUUAAUUGCAUGUAAAGUUGAUUCUCUGUAUUUGAGAAUCAAAAACAAAAUGAAACUUGUGGAUGCAUAAAUCAGACAUUGUAAAAUAAAUUUCUAAAUCUUAGAAGCAAAGUAAUUUUUUUCUUCUUUUGUUUUUUAAAAAUCUACAAUGACCACAUCCACUAUGUACUACCAGUGCUUAAAUACUAUUUAUUAUUUGUGGGUGACUGUUGUAUGUACAGUAAGAUGCUACAGCGACAUGUUGUAAGAAAGAACAAAUAAAGCCACUUUUCAGUAAAA